AUGGAUGGUAACAGAUCAACGCCAAAAAUACCACCACCGGAGGGUAUGAUUUACCCGCCACCAGAUAUAAGAAGUAUUGUAGAUAAAACUGCGAAUUAUGUCGCAAAUUCACCACACGGUCCACUCCUUGAAGAGAAGAUUAGAGAGAAAGAAAGAGCAAACGCUAAAUUCGCUUUCUUGAACUCCGCAGACGCUUAUCACGGAUAUUAUAGAUGGAAAUCUGAGAGAAUAAAAGCAGGUGAUAAAGAAGAUAUAUUCACUAAAUCCACUCUAAGCACGCCUUCAAUCUCACAAACGCCAUCAUUUAUGCCUUCUAAGCCUAUUCCAAAAGAGCCAAUAGGACAUGAAUUCACUAUUGAAAUACCAGACAAUGCUUUAGCCAUAGAUUUAGACAUUAUAAGAUUAACUGCAUUAUUCACAGCUCGUCGUGGUAAAUCAUUCAUUUCAAUGUUAGGCGGUCGUGAGAAUCGUAAUCCUCAGUUUGAUUUCUUGCGUCCAAAUCACAGUUUAUUCGGUUUGUUCAACAACUUUGUAGAGCAAUACUUGAAAGUUAUUAAAGGCACUUCAGCACCUUUAGAUGAAGAAUUUGAUAAGCUCAGUUUAUCUCAAAAGAAGAGCAAGUUAGUAGAUAACGCUAAAUCACGUAGUGAAUGGGAAGCUUAUAAGCGUGAAGGAUUGAAAAAGCGUGAACAAGAGUCAGAAAAGGAGACACUUGCUUUCCAGAGUAUCGACUGGCAGGACUUCGUUGUUUGUGAGACUAUAGAGAUCACCGAAACCGAUAAAGUACUCGAACUUCCAAAGCCAUUAUCAAUUAAGGAAGUAAGAAACCUCGCAAUGGCUCAAAAGAGGAUGACAUCACUCCUUGAGGAAGAAGUUGUCACGAAUCCUAACACAGGAGCACAAGAUGUUGAUGUUGUCAUGGAAGCAAAACAGCCUCAGAGUAAUACUGAACAGUCGCUUUCUCAACCAUCAGCUACGCCAGCUGUUUCAAAUGCACCAGAAGGUAUGAAAAUCAAGACGAAUUACGUACCAAAGUCACAAAAGCAACAACAGCAAAUCCCACAAGGUUAUUCACGUUCACCAAUUUCUGGUGCACUCGUACCAAACGAGGAAUUUGCCAAUCACUUACGUAUCGAACUACUUGAUCCGAAAUGGCAAGAAAACAAAGAAUACGCAGAAAGCAGGCGUCAAGCUUCGGUUCUAUUACAACAAGGUGCAGAUGUUGCUUCCUCACUUAAAAAUCUCGCCCAAGGACGUACAGAUAUUUUCGGUCAAGAUAUGGAGAAAGCAGAACAAAGAAAGAGGGAAGCGGAAGCGGCUGCUCAAGAAGUCAAGAGAAAGAAAGAAGCAGGUGUGUGGGAUGGUCAUACUGCCAGUGCUGAGACAGUAGCACAACGUUACCAAGCGCAAGCUACUUCUGAAGUCCAAGCUGAAAGGAUAAAUCAAACAUUAGGAAUAAAUCAACCUCAACAAGCAACUACAGCUGGUCCUCAGGUAAAUUCGUAUGGGGACGUUUAUGAUCCAUCUGGUGUUAGCUUCUCAGCAGCACCUUCGGGACCUUCCGCACCAAAAUUCCAUAUGCCAAAUACAGGAAAUGUUAGAACAGCUGAACAAGCGGAAAUCGAACCAUUCUCUAAUCCAUCAAAACGACUCAAGGUUCAAAAGUUACCAGAAGGACAAUAUUAUACUGAAGAUGAGUGGUUAUCUUAUCAUCCAGAUGGUUAUGUCAGCUUGACAGUCAAGUUACCAGUUGACACGAAUAAUCCAGAAUGGGGACUUGACGGAUCAGUUAUUAAACUAUCACCAACACCAUUAACAUCAAUAAGCGGAGUGAUACGCGAGUACAUUUCUGAAGCAUUAGAAGCCAAGAAUGGAGAAGGCAAACGCGGACCGCCAAUUGGUAGAAUGAGAUUGGACUUUGGCAAUAUAACGUUAUCAAAUUCGAAGAGUGUAGCCAGUUAUAAUCUGGAUGAUGGCGAUCAAAUAAAGUUAUUAGUAAGGCAAGGGAAGAAGUAG